AUGACUGAUGUGAUGGGACAGUCUUGCAGCAUGCAUUGGGAAUUUAAAGCGACCAUGAGCGUGGAGCGCGAAUGCCGGAGCGACCUGCUUUGCGCCGACGGCGGCGCUCACUGUGGCUCGGGGGAAGCGGAGAACGCUGACGUGUUCCGCGUGGUGAUCGUCGGCGCGGGGCCGGCGGGCCUGGCACUGGCGAAUUACCUGCUGGCACGUGGCGGUGGCAGGUUCCACGUCAGCGUGAUCGAAAAGGGCGUGGAUCCGCGCGCGGAGGUGGACGAGGCGGCGGAGAUUGCGCGCCGGUACUCCAUGGGCCUGAGCAUUCGUGGGAUGCACUGCCUGAUGGCCAUUCCUGGAGUCAUGGACAAGGUGCAGCCAGUGCUGGUGAAUCAACACGAGAUGGUCAUGCCUGCUUUCGGCCGUCUCAUCAGAUUCCCAGUUCCCAAGGUGGGAGCGGAUGGGGUGCGUUCCUAUGUGCGCAACCUGCUCGCUGCGCGCACAUGGGACUUCCCCAUGCACACGGAUCGUGUGUAUCACGACUGGACAGUCGUCAACGUGCCUGUGCCGCCCGCCCUCACGCCCUCCUCGCUCUUCCUUGCUGCCAAGGUGCCCAACACGAGGGGCAUCGCGGCAAUUGCAAUGCCGCAGGUGGGCGGGGAGAUGUGUCUGGUGUGGGGGUGGAAGUCCACCGACCCACCCCUCGACUGGCUCUCUCUCGCCUCGCCGGCUGCCGCCAAGCGCUACCUCGAUGACAGACUGCCCUGGUUGGAUGUUCCUGAAGAAGCUGCCUGGAAGCUGCUGAAGCAGAAGCCGAGGACGAGCAUGCAGUGCGGUCCAUCACACAUGUUCCCCCCUGGUUCACUCCCCCCCUCACCCACUUACCCCCAUUCCGCCAUCUCCUUCCCCCGCCCCAACCAGGUGAAGUGCUGGCGGUACCAUGACACGGGUGCCCAGGUGGCCCUGAUAGGUGAUGCCGCUCACUCCACUCUGCCCUCCCUGGGGCAGGGCUGCAACGCCUCCAUCACAGACGCGCUCGUGCUGGGCAGGCUGCUGCUGGGGGAGGCGGUAUCUGAGCACAACAGGGUGCCCCGCCCCCUGGGCAAGCAGGGGGAAGGUGGGAUUUCUGCUGCUGCUGCUGAGGGUGGUGGGGAUGGAGGGGCCAGCAUCAAGUUACCAGAGGUUGAGGACUUGAGGGCAGGCCUUGCAGGCAUUCUCUCCCAUUAUUCGGCUCUCCAGGUUGUAGAAGGACACGCAUUGGUGGAUCUAUCGGAUGCUGCGGCGCCUGUCAGUACCUUCCACACUUUUUUAUAUAUGAUGGAUCUCAUUAUCCGCGCCAUUUUUUCCAAGCUGCUCCCAUGGUUUGUAUCGGAGCCCAUACAGGGCCUCUGCGGCAACACCACACUGCCUUAUUCCUCUAUCCUCGGCAAAUUCAGUGGCUUUGUUUCGCGUGUUCGCUCUUCGGGUUUCAUUAUGAUAUUAUCCGCUAACGAAUUUGCUAGUAACGCAGUUGCCGAGUCGGCGAUCCGCUCACCCGCCGUCCCCGCAAACGCGUCUACCUCGCCCGCCGACGCCCUCGCACUUCCCCCCAUCGCGGACGUCGCCACUUCCGCUGAUGGGGGGAAGCGACCGCCGCUGCAGUUGCGCCUGGCGGUCAGCGGGGCAGAAAGGGGGGCGGGAAGGGCGGCGGAUGGGGCAGCGGAGAUCAAAGCGGCGGCAGGGGCGGGGAAUGAGGGGAAGCUAUCUCCCCGCGGAACGAGGCGCGGGGGAAGGAGCGCGAGCGGAGACCUGAGCGGAGGCGCAUUCCGCGCCACUGGCGGAGCGGAAAGCCCGCCAGAAGCGGUCACGGGCCCGCUGACCUACCACGGGGAAGGGCGGGGAAGCGAUACGCGGAACCCUUGGGGAACGAGGCGCGGGAUCGGCGUGGAAGGGGGGGAAGAGGACAUGGGGGAGGGGAGAGGCGCGCUCGCGCCGCUGCCACGGAGCGGCCGGAAGGGGAGAAGGCGGAGCGGGGAAUCUGCGGGCGGUAGCAGAGAUGCGCUACAGGGGGCGGAGCUUUUCCGACGCGCCGUUACCAUUGCCGACGCGAGCAGUAGCGGCAGAAGCGGAAGGGCUACAAGUGGUAGCUAUGCCUUCAAUGCCGCGAGCCAAUACCGUAGCGUGAGCAGCAACAGCAGCAGAAGAGGCACGAGCGCUGGCGCGGCAGCCGAUUGGGAUCCCACUGCCGCGCCCCCCGCCCCCGCUGCUUCUUCCGCCACCCCCAGUGCCGCUUCCGCUGCUUCCGCCACCCCCAGGAGCUCCUUGCCCCGUUCCGCCACCAGCGCUAUCACCCCCACCUCCGCCGCUGCGCGCGAGGGGCUGUUCGGGUUCCGCGCAGGCGCGCGCAGGCUGUACGAGGCGCGCAAGCAGGCUAAACGACAGGCGAGUGGCGGAGGCAGCGCAGGUGAUUUGGCGGGUAGGGCGCCUUCCAUGGGGCGCGACGUGUGGGAAGCCGCGGAGAAGAACCAGCUGGGCAGAUGGGCGGGGAGCAAGGAGGGGGAAAGCGCGGAGGGGGGAAGCGCUGAGGGGGAAAGCGUCGGAGGGGGAAGAGUUGAAGGGGGGAGCGACGAAGGGGGAAGCGGAGGACGAGGUGUGGGGGAGAGCGGUGAGGGGAGGUGGGAGGGUAGUAUGAGGCUGAGGGAAGGGAGGGGCGGAGGAGAGGGGGAGGGGGAGGGCGAGAGUGGAAGGGAGAUAUGGCACGAGGUACGGGAUAUGCUGGUGCUGCGAGGGGGGCGAGGGGAGGAGGAAAGUGGGCCUGAGUGGGAUGAGAUAGAUUGGGGAGAGGAGAGUGAGAGUGAGGAGGAGGAUUGGGAAGAGGAGGAAGAGGAGGCAGAAGGGAAGGAGGAAGAAGUGAAGGAGGAGGAGAGGGAGAGUAAGGCGGAGAGCAGAGGAGAUGGAGCAGCAGCGCUUAUUUCUGAAGACUCUCAGGAGCGGGUUGAAGGGAGCGUGGGGAUAAGAGGUUACGAGGAAGCCUCUUGUGUUGGUGAGGUAGAACGAAGGGGCAAUGCGAGUGGGGAGUGUGGGGCGAUGCUUGCGGGUGAAUGGAAUAAAUGGGGGGAGGGGGAAGCGGAGGGAGGGGAGGAAGGUGAUGGGGAGACGGUGGAGGAGAAUCGGUUUUACAGGGCGGGGACAGAGGCAGGCGGAGGGGCGGAGGCAGGCGGAGAGGUGGAGGCAGGUGGAGGGGCGGAGGCAGGCGGAGAGGUGGAGGCAGGUGGAGAGUGUGUAGAGCGGCAAAGGGACUCACCUGGGGGGUAUUCACGCAAGCUGCUCUCAUCUCGCACUCUCAAGCUCGUCCUCGAUCCCUUGUGCCAACCCCUUGUUGUACCCUACUCCGAGUCUGCUUCUAGCGAGGAUGCUGGUGAUUCCGCUGCUACUGCUGCUACACUUGCUGCUGCUGCUGCUGCUGCUGCUGCUGCUGCCGCUCCUGGGGACCUGCGUACACCUUUAAGCACCAAGAAGAAGCGCAGCAAAGCCGCCGAAGCGAGGAAGCGCAACGAGAAUCGCUCAGCUGAAUCAGCCGAGUCAUCCCACACUCACACGCCCGUGAGCACAAGAACAGGGCCCCAAUGCGAGCCCCUCUGGCCGCUCACUCCCUCUCACAAGCCUUCUCAGUCCGCCCACACGCCCUUGAGCUCAGGGGUUGGGGCACCACCAUACACCCCUCUCUGGCCGCUGACGCCUUCCCACACGUCCUGUGACUUGGCUCUUGCACCACCGGUCCCCGACACUGAUGCACGAUACGAGCCCCUGUGGCCGCUCCCUCCUGCUGGGAGCAGGCAGCGCGGGAAGAGCAGCGGUACUGACACGGCUUGCACUCAGACCCGGCCAAAGAGUAGUGGAGGGAGGGAACGCGGGGCGGACAGACUGGGGCAGGGAGGAUGGGGUGUGGGGAAGCCUGUGAAGCGCUCUGAGACGGUUGACAUUCAAAGCCGGCCAACGAGCAGCGGGGGAAGGGAACGGGGAGUGGAUCGGAUGGGGCAGGGAGGAGGGGGCGUGGGGCAGGGGUUGAGGCGCUCUAAGACUGUUCACACUCACAUGUGGCCGAAAAGCAGUGGAGGAAGGGAACGAGGUUCCAACAGAGUGGGGCAGGGGUUUGAAGACUUUCAGAAACCCGUGGGGUGGACGGGGGAACAGAAUGUUUCUGAAGUGGAGAAUUCUCAUCAACACUCGGGGGAGCAGGGGUUUAUUGCCAGGCGUGGGCACCGGGGGAAGAGUGGUGGGGGGAGGGGAGGAGAGGUGGGUGGUGUGGGGUGGGGAUUGAGUGGGAUUGACACGGCAGGGAUUGGCACGGCAGGGAUUGACACGGCAGGGAUUGACACGGCAGGGAUUGGCAUGGCAGGGAUUGGCACAGCAAUGGCCAUAGCAGCAGCAAGUGGAGAGGGCAUGGAGGCACGGUCAGAGGGAGGCAUGGUGGACGCAUGGUGUGCCUCGGAACCACAAGCCAUCGCUGCUCCUCCCGCACCUCCCAUCCCUGCACCUGCAACUCCCCCCCCUGUCGUUCCCGCUCCUGCCUUUCCCGCACCUGCCACAGUCACACCCCUGCCACCAAGCGUCAAUUCACCUCAGGAUACUGUCACACUCACUUACCUGAGGAUUCAACUGACGCACCUGAGGGUUCACCUGGAGCACCUGAGGGUUCACCUGGAGCAUCUGAGGGUUCACCUGAAGCAUCUGUGA